AUGGAGCACAACAUGCACGUGCAACAUGCGCCGCCAUUGCAUCAUUGGGGUUAUGGCGCUGCCGCCGCGGCAGCGAUGCCGGCAACGCCGCAAGGUCAUUGGGUGCCGCCGCCGCAAAGUCACAGCCAUCAGAGUCAUCAGAGUCAUCAGAGCCACCAGAGCCAUCAUUCGCACAACAGUCUGAAGCGUGCGCUCUCCGAGAGCGAUUGUGAUGAGCUCUACUCUGAGGAAUCCUCCAAGGAACAAAUCUCGCCAAGUGAACCGGGCAGCUGUCAACUGAUGAGUCGCAAGAAGCGUCGUGGCGUCAUCGAGAAGAAGCGUCGCGAUCGCAUCAAUUCUUCGCUGACGGAACUGAAGCGUCUAGUUCCAUCGGCUUAUGAGAAGCAAGGAUCUGCCAAGCUGGAAAAGGCCGAGAUCCUGCAACUGACAGUCGAGCAUCUGAAGAGUCUACAGUCAAAAACCCUGGACUCGUUGAACUAUGAUCCGCAACGCGUUGCCAUGGAUUAUCAUAUUAUUGGCUUCAGGGAAUGCGCUGCAGAGGUUGCACGCUACCUCGUCACGAUCGAGGGCAUGGAUAUUCAAGAUCCAUUGCGACUGAGGUUGAUGUCACAUCUUCAAUACUUUUCGCAGCAGCGUGAGAUCUCAGUUAGCGGCGGCUAUCAGCCCAAUUGUGCGGCCACGCCCUAUCAGGGCUACGCCCCCGCCGGUAGUGCCAGCUCCUAUGUGGCCAGCAGCAGCAGUGCAUAUAUGAAUGCCUCACCUCAUCAUGUCAGUCGCUCCAGCGUGUCGACGGCAACAAGUGCAGCUGGCGCUAGUGAAGCUAUACCAAGUGUCAUAGGUCCGCUCGAGCCACGUGCUGAGGCAACAACUCAACAGCAGCAGCAACAACAACAACAACAGCAGCAACAACAACAACAUCAACAACAACCUCCACAACAACCGCAACAACAACAGGCAACACAACAACAGCAACAACAACAACAACACUACACACAAGAGCACAACGUACAUGCAGAACAACCUCAACAAUCCCAACAGAUUCCCACCUACAUUGAUCUGACCAACAGCCAUCGAGUCAACGAGGUACCUGCAAUCACCGCCGAGAGUCUCAGCUACAGCACAGCACCUCAUCCGUAUCCCGUUAGCGGCAGCCAGGAUUAUAAUAACGCCAGUGCUCUACAAUAUGCCACAGCGAAUGGCGCCAAGCCCUACCGACCCUGGGGUGCUGAAAUGGCCUACUAAAGGGUAUCCAGAUACUACCUGAUAUCCAAACAGUUCAGCAACAACAGCAUCAAGUGAAGUUCAACCCAGUUCUAGUCAAGGAUCAAAGCCGACCAUUUGUGAUAGUCUUAAGAUUUGUGAAUCGGGUCAGUUAUUUUUUGGCCCAGAUUUCUAAAUUGUGUCUAGCUUAAGUUUAUACUAUAAGUCAAACUUUUACUAAACUUUUCUUAAAAUGAAACAUCUUUGAUAUU